AUGAGAGUGUCCUACGCCUUAACUGCCGGCCUAGUGGCCCUACCUGGGGAUGGAGGUGGCCACUACUCCCUGGCCAUGUUCGACCCAAAGCCGUGGGAGCGGCUAUCAGAGAUCCAGCUGGCUCGCGCGGGCUAUCUCUAUGGGCCACCUCUUCUUGGGAAUACCUCUGCCUUUCCAACAGGCAUCCUUGGAGAUGCUAUGGUCGCCCGUGAUCGCGCCCUGUGGUUCAAAGAUGUGGAAUACGUGACCCAGAACGUCUAUCCAGAGCUGGAGAAGGCAGCUGCAGCGCUUGUGCAAAAAGGUGGUCUAAGGGACCUUUCUAGCUUUCAAACAAUCUACGAAGAUCAAUGGAUCGCAACGGUUCCAGAUGGUGUGGCCCCAGGCAUGCUGAGCAAUUGGACGCAAGAUCUUUUGUUCUCCAUGGAAAGGCUGUCUACCAACCCGUAUGUCGUACGUCGGCUGCAUCCGCGUCACGACACUCUUCCCUUCUCAGUAGAGGAUCGUGUCGUGCGGCAUCUGGCAGCCGGGAGAACCCUCGCAGACUUACACGAGGAAGGCCGUCUGUUCAUCGGAGAUCAUUCCUACCAAGCCAGGUACCCAAAGACUCCAAAUCGCUGGACGGCUGCCUGUACAGGCUACUUCUUCAUUCAUCCUUACUCGGCGGAGUUCCUGCCGUUGGCGAUCAAGACCAACAUGGGCCGUGAUUUGACCUAUACCCCGCUGGACGAUGAGAACGACUGGCUGUUUGCAAAAAUGGCCUUCAGCAUGAAUGACCUUUUUCAUUCCCAGCUGUACCACUUGGCCAACACCCACGACGUGGCAGAACCGGUGCAUCAGGCUGCUCUCCGAACAAUGAGUUCUCGACAUCCCGUGAGAGGAUUCCUAGACCGAUUGAUGUACCAGGCAUAUGCCGUGCGUCCCAUCGGGACAGAAUUUCUAUUCAACGAGGGUGGCUUCUACGAUAGUUCAUUUGCCCUGCCAAACUUCGCCGGUACAAAGUUCGCAACCGAAGCGUACUGGGGGCACGCAGGGCACUUUCGAGCGACUGGAUUCCAUCGCGACCUGGCAGACCGAGGCCUGAUUGACUGUAAGUACGGCCCACAGCUGACAUCGUUUCCUUUCUAUUCGACUGCAUCACCUAUGGUAGAUGCUAUACAGGACUUUGUUCGUGAGUUCGUAGCGUCAUACUAUCCCUCCGAAGACCUCCUGGCUCAGGACCAGGAACUGCAAGCGUGGAUCGUCGAAGCCAACGACGAGGCCGAUGUGAUCGACUUUUUCAAACCGCCGCUGGUGGACCAUGAAUCACUCACUUCGCUACUCUCACACGUGGCCUUCCUCUCCGGUAUUGCCCAUCAUGCUCUCAACGGAGCCACAGUCGGCGAAGCCUCUGGAAUCCUUCCUUUGCAUCCGUCAUCAUUCAACCGCCCGCUCCCCGAGACCAAGGGAAGUAUUACCUCCCUUCUCCCCUAUUUGCAUAACGAAACGGAGGCUAUAAAGCAGGCCUCCUUGCUGGUGCGCUUCAAUCGCCCCUUGCUCGACGAGCAGGAGGGCAACCUUCCGCAUAUGUUCUCUGGCGUUCAAUUUCUUUCGCGAGCCGAGGUAUCAGUGCAAUCAGCCGAGUCACGGUUUCGGGAACGCAUGUUGAAGAUUAGUGACUCUAUUCGUUCGAUGGAGUUUGAUGAGAGGGGACUAUCGCAGGGGAUGCCAUUCAUUUGGAGAUCGAUUGACCCGAGGAAGAUUCCUUUUUAUUUAUGCGUCUAA